CGUUAAAAAAAAUUUUCACUUCUGAAUUCCUUUUACACUUUCUUUCUCUCACUUUUCAAAAACAAUCUAAUCAAUAUGGGUCGUAUGCACACUCCUGGUAAGGGUAUCUCUAGCAGUGCCCUCCCUUAUCGCCGCACUCCUCCUUCUUGGGUCAAGACUUCCCCCGAAGAAGUUGUCGAUAUGAUCUGCAAGAACGCUAAGAAGGGUCUCUCCCCUGCCCAAAUUGGUGUUGUUCUCCGUGAUUCUCAUGGUAUUCCUCAAGUCAAGGGUGUCACUGGUAACAAGAUCCUUCGUAUCCUCAAGUCCAACGGUCUUGCUCCUGAAAUCCCUGAAGAUUUGUACCAUUUGAUCAAGAAGGCUGUCUCCAUUCGCAAGCAUAUGGAACGCAACCGCAAGGACAAGGGUUCCAAGUACCGUUUGAUUCUCAUUGAAUCUCGUAUUCACCGUCUCGCUCGUUACUACAAGACUUCUGGCCAAUUGCCUCCCAACUGGAAAUAUGAAUCCGCUACUGCCUCCACUAUGGUUGCUUAAGCAAAAUAUUUGCUUUCCUUUGGCUUAUUGGUUUUUGUCUUCCCUUCCUUUGUGCUAUGAUUCUCUUUCUUUUUUACUGGAUUAGUAUUGUCGAAUGGUGUUAUGGUCACAAUAAAAGGAACCUACUUUUUUUUUACAACCGU